UGGAGUUUGGGGAAGAGAAACACAUCCUUUAGGUGUGCUGUAAUAAGCCUAUUUAAAAAGGAAUAGCAUUUAAUAAUUAAUCCUCAAUUGUGUUUUAUUUAGGGGAAUAAGGUAGGAUUAAUGCCUACAAAAAAGCAGUAGGAAAUGCAUCUACAUGAAUUUUUCAGUGCGAGAGACAUCGAGGAUUUUUUUUCUCCCCAUUCAAAGGCAUGUGAAGGAGCUGGAGUGAACUGGUUGCUAUGGUAAUGGGAGGCUGCAGAAGGAGAAAGUGAAAUAAGGACGAAGAAAAGCUUUUGUUUGGGUAUUUUCUUUUUGAAAAGAUUGGAAGAAAAGGGGGGAAUGGCGGAUCGAAUCCCUGGCUAUGGCGGGCUGUAUGACACCAGUUCCCUGCUGCAGUUUUGCACUGAUGACAGCGUGUCGGCCGUGAGCAGCAUGGACAUCGACGACCGCAUCUCCUACCUGGAGCAGCGCAUGCAACUGCAGGACGAUGAGAUCCAGGUGCUGAAGGCCGCUCUGGCCGACGUGGUGCGGCGGCUGGCCUUCGCCGAGGAGCAGCACGCCUUGUUCAACAAACGCGGGCCCACCAGGGCUCGACUUUUCAUGCAAGCUUUGCCGUCCAAACCCAGCCUGAGUAACGGGACAGCAACACCUCCAAAACGAAACAACGCCAUACCUCAAUCACCAUCCUCGCCCCGGAAGGAACCAGCGUCUAAAAGCAAACCCAAGGAAUCUGUCUUCAGUGCAGAAGAUGGCUACGUGAGGAUGUUUCUACGCGGGCGUCCCAUCACCAUGCACAUGCCCCAAGCGCUGAUGGGAUCCUACAAGCUCCAGGCCACGAGUGAACUACCUGCCCACAAGCUGAAGAUGGAAUGGGUGUACGGCUACCGUGGGCGUGACUGCCGUUCCAACCUGUAUCUCCUGCCGACCGGAGAGAUCGUUUACUUCAUUGCAUCGGUGGUGGUGCUGUACAACGUUGAGGAAGAGCAACAACGUCACUAUCUUGGGCAUAACGAUGAUGUGAAAUGCCUCGCGGUUCACCCCGAUAGAGUCACCAUGGCGACUGGGCAGGUGACAGGAACCACAAAAGAUGGAAAGCAACUCCCGCCGCAUGUGCGAGUCUGGGAUUCCGUCAGCCUCAACACUUUGCACGUGAUUGGAUCUGGGUUCUUUGACCGAGGCAUUUCGUGCGUUUCCUUCUCCAAAUCGAAUGGGGGAUCGCAUCUGUGUGCCGUGGAUGACUCCAACGAACACGUCCUCUCUGUGUGGGACUGGCAGAAAGAGGCAAAGCUGGCAGAGGUCAAGUGUUCCAAUGAGUCCGUGCUGGCUGUCAACUUCCACCCGACCGAAGCCAAUCUCAUUGUUACUUGUGGGAAAUCCCAUAUUUUCUUUUGGACGAUGGAAGGCAACACUCUGUCCAAGAGGCAGGGCAUUUAUGAGAAACAAGAAAAGCCCAAGUACGUUCUGUGUUUGGCUUUCUCCGAGAAUGGGGACGUGAUCACGGGCGAUUCCAGCGGAAACCUGGUUAUCUGGGGGAAAGGGACAAACCGGAUCAGCUCUGCUGUGCAGGGGGCUCACGAUGGAGGUGUAUUCAGUCUCUGCGUACUGAACGAUGGGACCCUGGUGUCGGGAGGAGGGAAGGAUCGGAAGGUCAUCCUCUGGGACAGGCACUACCACAAGGUUCAGGAGACCGAGGUCCCGGAAGCCUUUGGGCCAGUCCGAACGAUCGCAGAAGGGAAAAAUGAUGGCCUGUUCAUCGGAACGACACGGAACUGCAUUCUCCAAGGCACCUUGAGUGGAGGAUACUGCCCCAUUGUACAGGGUCAUACGGACGAACUGUGGGGAUUGGCGGCUCACCCGAGCGAGGACAGGUUUGUGACAUGUGGACACGACAAGCUCGUCCACUACUGGGAUCCGUCCUCACACCAGCCCGUUUGGACCAAGUGCCUGGACGAUCCGAGCCAGUCGGUUGGUAUUCAUCCCAGUGGGUCGGUUAUAGCCGUUGGGUUGCAGACUGCAAGGUGGAUGGUUUUCGAUGUCGAGACGAAGGACCUUGUCACCGUUCACACCGACGGAAACGAGAAGUUCUCGGUGAUGCGCUAUUCGCCAGAUGGUAAUUUCCUGGCCAUUGGAUCACAUGACAACUACGUUUACAUCUACGGUGUGGCAGAGAACGGCAGGAAGUACAGCCGUGUGGGGAGAUGCUCAGGGCACUCGAGUUUUAUAACUCACCUGGACUGGUCCACGGACAGCCGUUAUAUAAUCACCAACUCCGGAGACUAUGAAGUUCUGUACUGGACCCCCAACUGCAAGCAGGUGCCGAGUGCGGACGUGGUGCGGGAUGUGGAGUGGGCCACCUCCACCUGCGGGCUCACCUUCCAGGUGUUUGGCAUUUGGCCAGAGGGAGCUGACGGGACGGAUGUGAACGGCAUCUGUCGGUCCCCUGACAGCCGACUCCUCGCUACAGCUGACGAUUUUGGAAAAGUCAACCUGUUUUCAUAUCCCUGCUCGCAACCUCGGGCACCAAGUCACAAGUACAGCGGCCACAGCAGCCACGUGACCAACGUUACCUUUCUCCACGACAGCAGCCGUCUCAUCUCCAUCGGAGGGAAGGACACCAGCGUCAUUCAGUGGAGCGUUCUCUAGAUUACGGCACUUUAUCCAGAGGUGCAUUCCAGCCGUGCUAGUCGGGAGGUGCUACGAAACUUUCAGCGUGUCCAUUCUUGGGACAUUUGUCUCAAAAGUUGCAUUUUGCUAUUUCCUUUUUACAGGGAGGAUGUGGGGCGUUUACGGUUCCUCGUGUUUAGUGUCAAUACCUGCACUGAACUCUUCCAAGGAGAUCUGUUCCUUUGGAUAGAGUCACUCACUAGAUUUGAGGACAUUCCCAACGCAUCCUUCAAAUCCAUCCUCAAACUCUCUCUCUCCCUCGUGCUCUGCAGUUUGCCUCUGUUGCAGUUCCCUCUUGCUGGAAUCAUGCAUGUGCGACACAAGUCUGGGAUAGUAUAGUCGCUGUGGGGGGAAUGGCUCCCCGGCUCGCUUUGAAAUUCGAAGAGGGAGUUUUUUUUCUCCAAUUUGGGAGGUGGGCGGAAAAAGUAGGGAGGUUGGCGUUGUAAUGGAAGAGGAGAAAGGAAUAGGAGUCCAUUGGUGUCCAACACAUUCCUGAUAUUGAUGGAAGGAACUGCAGAAGCUGGUUUACAAGAAGGCCACAAAGUGGUGGAAUAACUUAGCAUCUCUGGAGGUCGUGGAUAGACGACUUUUCGAGUCGGGACCCUUCAGACCGAAAUGCUGUCUAUCCAUUUCCCUCUACAAGGAAAUGGACAGAAGACGUUUCAGUCUGAAGAAGGGCCCCAGCCUCAAACGUUGUCUAUCCAUGUCCGCACAAGGUCAUAAGUGCUAGGAGCAGAAUUAGGCCAUUCGUCCCAUCAAGUCUACUCCGCCAUUCAAUCAUGGCUGAUCUAUCUCUCCCUCCUAACCCCAUUCUCCUAUCUUCUCCCCAAAACCUCUGACACCCGCACUAAUCAAGAAUCUAUCUAUCUCUGCCUUAAAUAUAUCCACUGAUGGCCUCCGCAGCCUUCAGUGGCAAAGAAUUCCACAGAUUCACCACCCUCUGACUGGAGAAAUUUCUCCUCAUCUCCUUCCUAAAAGAACGUCCUUUAGUUCUGAGGCUGUGACCUCUGGUCCUCCAGAGAUGCUGCCUGACCCAUGUAGUUACUCCAGUACUUGGUGACCUUCUCAACCUGGGAAGGUCCAUUCCACUUUGAACUGGGAAGUUUAAAACAAAACCUUGCACCACAUGAAAGCCAAUUGGAUAAUUUUGGAGGAGACAGGAUAUCCACUGCCUUAUCAUUCCUUUUUGAUUCCCUUCGAAAUCUGAAUUAUGAUCCACUGAUUCAUUGUGGUGAGAAUGGAAUUGCUGUGAAUCUUUUUUUCUUCCUUCUACUGAGAAAGGCAGGGUUUGCAGCGACUCUCUUGGUGUUGGUUAACUUGUUGGGGAUUUUAGUCGGUGCCUUGAAACGUUUCCAGUCCGUUUCCGUGCUAGAACCAUCAAAGAGCCAGAGGCAAGGUGGAGGUUGAAUUAGAAGCAUUAGUUGCCUUGGCUUGAGUCCCAAUCACAAAUUGUUCUGAAGUAAAACACCGUCAGGACUGCCUACCACACUUAGUGCGAUUUAGCAAAAAACUUUUUACUCUAUUCCCACAAAGUGAUAGAUUGUAAUCAUUGUGUUUAAGUGGGGAAAGAUUGUGGUUUGAGAAAGCCCUUAUUUUUUUUUAAUUGGAAUUCUUUUCGCUUUCUUGGUUUAUCUCUGGGGCUUUGCAUAAAUGUUGGACUGUGAGAUACUAAUUUCUAAUCUCCCUGAUGGCUGACCCUAUAUGUCCUUUCUUUUAGCUUUUCACUAAACCUCUGGGCGUUUCAUUUACUGGUUUCUCACAAGCUCAGACCCACAGUGUCAGAGCUGCAAGUUGGGUCUGACUGAUGCAAUGUGAGCUGGCACCGUGUACCUUGCGACCAUUGAGACAGGAGAGGAGAUGCAAGGAACUGCAGGUGUUGGAACCUUGUGGGGGAACACAAAGUGCUGGAGUAACUCAGCGGGUCAGCCAGCAUGAGGACGCGAGUUGGCGACAUUUUGGGUCAACCUGCCACCUACCAGCAACACUACCACCAACCCUGGUUGGGUCAGAAGUUGGAGACUGGGAUAGGGAGAUCUGUGACCUUGUUAUUGGCUGUCCAUCCCAUAAAUUGCAAACCAUUUGGUUGAUUUUCUCAGGUAGACAAAAAUGCUGGAGAAACUCAGCAGGUGAGGCAACAUCUAUGGAGCGAAGGAAAUAGGCGACGUUUCGGGUCGAGACCCUUCUUCAGAUUUUCUCCUACCCAUUAAAACAGGCUCAUUGAAACUCUCGAGCCAACGAGAGAUGGGCAUGAGAGAUGUCCAUGCCUGUUACAUCUUUGUAUUGAGACUCUGCAAUGCAGGUGGAUGAUUGAGGCCAGCAAGUUGCGUUGCGAUGAAUAUUUUCAACAUCUGGCCACAGAGGCAAAUGCUACAGAGGAGGGGGAAAUUGUUACUCCCAACCCUCAGCCAAUCAUAAUCUUCCCGCAACUUCCUGUAGCUUUGACUUCUCGGCAAAGUUCCACAACCCAACGAUGAGAUUGAACACGUCGUGGCCUCCUGAUGCAAUGACCUAUAACAGGCAGUGGUAUUUUAAUUGAAUUUCCCAAUUCUCUGAAACCAGGUUGUGAGAGGGGAAAUUUUCAAUCUCGCAUUUUUUUUCUCAAAGGUCUAAAAACAAAAGUUUACAGUGCGGGAAGAGGUCACGUUGGGGGUUGGGUCCAAAUUCCAACACUGACCCGAUACCCAGCUCUCUCUCCUUGUCGCCUGAAACUUUCUUUGCUUCAGGAAGUCAAAGUAUAACAGUACCUGGCACGAUGUGAGCAGUCUGUCUUUCAAAAUACUCCCUAUUUUGACCCCCUGGGUGAGUUUAUAACUUGGGGAAAAAACCCCAAGUAGUUUUCGAAGUUUUGAUUUUGUUUUCCACUUUUGUUUUACAAAGAAAAAAAGAUUUAAGAAAUAUAUUUCUUGAUUGAA